AGUUCUAUUCCUACAACUAUAUGAAACGGAGUACUUACUACAAAGAAACAGAGUGAAACAGAGUCCUCUGUAAUUGAGAUAGCUUGAACAGAGGACAAUAUGGAAGAAGAUAAGAGAAAGGGAGCGAAUGAAGAGAAGGAAGGAGAAGUGAGGUACAGAGGGGUGAGAAGGCGGCCAUGGGGGAAGUUCGCGGCGGAGAUUCGUGAUUCGAAUAGGCACGGAGUGCGGGUGUGGCUUGGCACUUUUAGCACUGCAGAGGAGGCUGCAAGAGCUUAUGAUCGAGCCGCACAUUCAAUGAGGGGUCGUUUGGCAAUUCUUAACUUCCCUGAUGAGUAUCCUCCCUCUUCCUCUUCAUCGUCAUCAUCCUCGUCCUCGUCCUCUGCCACUGCUGCUGAGAAUGUGGAUAGAACUCAGGGAGGGAGGGGAAGAGAAGUAAUUGAAUUUGAGUACUUGGAUGACCAGUUGUUAGAGGACCUUCUUGGGUAUGAAGACAAAAAUACCAAGAAAGAUUAACAAUUUACACCAAUGUUGGGGCUCAAAGGAUUAUAUGCGCAUCUAUUUCUUUUAAUCUUCUGUUUUGUUUUGUUUUGUUUUUUGUAAAUAUAAUUUCCCGGAGGGGGAGGCAUAUGUUUUCACUUUGUCAAAUAAAAUCUUCUUUUC